AUGGCACCACUGAAUAGAGUUGGCGAGAAGAAGCCUUACCAGUACACUAACGCGGAUCCUCGACACAUGCCAUACUCUAGGACAUCGGGCACGCUCCCCGCUGGCAGCACUGCCCGAUCAGCGCCUUCAGAGUCAGCGCCACCGCACUCUUCUGGCUCAGUCCAUCGGCCCUCAAGGUAUAACCCUAGUUCGACGAGCAGGCCGCACACGCCAUUCGGGACAGUGCAUUCGAAGCCCAGAACGGGCAGUCGAUACAACCCCGAGCCUGGAUUUGUACAGAGCGGCUCUCGUGGCAGCUCAGAAACAAGGCGCUUUCCCAAUAGCCCUAAUGCGCCUUCUUCAAGCCGCUAUAGCUUUCAAGCCGCGGCUCCAAUUCCCAAGGCGAGCCACCACAGCUACUACAACCCACAAUACAGUCGACGGAGACCCUCAAGCGCAACAGACGGCUACGACCCGGCAUCACAUGGUUACACUGCUCGCAGCAAAUGGAAGGAGCCUUACGGCUCCGCAAGCGGGGCUGCUUAUGAUGGCCGUAUGUCACCCUCGAACACAUCUCCAGUACCGCCGCUCUCGAAGCCGCCCUACUACAAUCGAUAUCAUGGCACCACAGUUCACCAGAAUAUUCAUGCGCAGCCUUACUCAAGCAGAUACGGUCACUACAGAAAAGAGCACUCUUCCCAAGACAGCUCUUAUACGACCUCCAAUAAGUUUCCUUUGUACGAAAAUGAGCACUCGCUUGGAUCUAGCCUGAUAAACUCGGUUCCUCAGACCUCUAGAAAAACCGAGGAGAGAGUUAGCAACAACCAUGAACGGAUUGACCUUCAGAAAACAGUUAAUGACGAUUCAGUUAAACGCGAGGAGCCUUCGUCUCUCAAUACAACGCCUAGUGAUACAAAGUCUGGGCAAACGGAUAACGCCGAUGAAAAUAACGCAGAAUCCGCUCCGAAAGAAGAAGAAGCGGUUUAUAACAAACCUGGAAAGCAUGACAUAAUACGCAAAGCACAUUCGAUCGAGGAUUUCAAUGAGGCCCAUCCAAGCCAACCAACUUCGUCCUCUGACGAUCAAGGCGCUGCUGGAAGCACGGACACUUAUUUUGCUGCUAAACCUGUCGAAAAGCCCAGUCAUUUGCCUUCAAGGCAUAGUUCGGAAGCUGCACAGGGUUACACUCAGCCCCUUAACGAGGUUGAAAGCUGCAUUUUCCCACUACCAGAGGCGGAAACGAAACUAUGGGAGCUAAAAAAUAGAGACAGAGAAUCUAUUGUCAAAAACCAAAAAUACCUUUUGAAGAGUCCCGUAACCUGUCUUCAGGAGUACCCUUUUAUGUCACAAAAUAUAUUAGUGCAUGAGCAGGCAGUAAGGCCAAUCCUGGUAAAAUCUCUGUCUAAACUCCAAGACUAUGAGCGGUUGCGCAAGUUGCAGUUGAAGUGGCAAUUCCUGAAACUCGAUGAAAAAUGGACGAAGAACUGUCAGAUGCUGGAAGCUGUCAGUGAAGAAGUUAAGAAGGUUGAUCACGCAACUACGGAUUCCACAGAGGAAGAAAGCCAGUUUUCAAAAUCUAAGGAGAAGGAGGAACGUGAACAGCAAAGCCGAGCCAGCAGUCGACGGAGGAACCGCGCUGAUUUUGUCGAUGACAACGAAAUUGAAAACGUUUUGUUGCGGAUUGAUCCUGAUUAUAAACACCAUCAAUUAGCAGCGAAAAUCCCCCCUAUGAUUAUUGAUCCUGUCAAGAAGUUCGCGGUUAAAUACAAGGAUGUUAAUAAUCUGGUGACAGACAAGAACAAAUGGGCAACUCGUGUCUUGAGAGACGGAAUCGAUACGUUCACUUCUGCAGAGCAUGACCUUUUUGUGGAGGGCUACUUAGCGUAUCCAAAGAGGUUUGGGAAGAUAUCUCAGUUUAUGGGUGGUCUUAGAAAGCCGCAGGAAUGUGUUCUGCAUUACUAUAAAACGAAAAAGGAAACCAACUAUAAACAGCUUUUGGUUGAAAAAAACAAGAGACGUAAGAUUAAUGCAGGCCGCCGCCGUAGGGAGAAAGAUAAAGAAAAGACUUCGGCGGCUGUUCCUGAACAAAGCGGACAAGAAGCUGAGGAAAUGUCUGAGAGAAAUGACUCCAAUUUCACCGAAAAGGAAAGAACUAUGGAUGAGACGGAAGACGAAGAGGUCGAUCAAGGCGCACAAAUAAAAGAAGCAGCAUUCGGGCCGGCUGAAAAGGUCGAAGACACCUCAAUUGUUUCAACUGGUUCAAAUGUUGCGUUGCCAGAUGGACCCCGAGGUCUGGUACAGCAACAGCAGGAGGAAGUUAGUGCACAAGAUUUGUCUAUGGAAAAUGAGGAGGACACUGAGUCAAAAAAGCGCAAAAUCCAGGAAAUCGAAGAAGUAACCAAUGACCUUCCAAACCUGCAGCCCAUUGCCCCCGCUUUUGCUAGUGAGGAUAAAGACGCUACUGAUAUUGACGAAUCUAGACGCCCGUUCAAAGCCGACGACAACGAAAAGGUCCAGGCCAGAAAGAAAACAAAGCACAGCGACGGAUAUCAUAAAUCCAGUUACUGGAGUGUCAAGGAGACUAACUUGUUCCCGGAACUACUGAGGGAAUAUGGUACACAGUGGGCUUUAAUAUCGGAAAGACUGGGUACGAAAUCAACUACUAUGGUUAGAAACUAUUUCCAAAGGAAUGCAGAUCAAAUGGGCUGGCAAGCUCUCGUUGAGAGCUCCAACUCCGAAUCGCCAGAGAAUAAGUUGAAUACUCAAUUCGGAAACAGCGAUGCUACCCCAGGUGCAUAUGAUACCGUCCCGAUGCAGCAGGCGCCAACUGUUAGCAUCUUUAGCCAAAUUCAUAGAGACGCCGCAACCCCAAUGCAACUCCCUAUAGCUUCGGUCUCCGCAAUGGAUAGCUUUUCUCAGCAGUCUACCCCACAAGGUCUUCCUCCGCCCAGACUGCCAUCCAUCCAACUUGGUCUAUCCACUGAUCAGGCAGAACGGAAGCCACUAUUGUUGUCAGACUCCCAUUCCAGCAAUUCAGCACACGCACCUGAGGCGAUGCCUUCUGUCCAUUUUGCGCCCAGCGUUGCCAUCAACAACUCUUCAUGUCCAUCACCAGCUACUUCUUCUCAGGCAGGCAUUAGUAGCAGAAGGUCGUCCAUAAAGAACCUCCUCAACAAUGAUGACCAUACCGACAGUAACUCGGCGUGGUCAAAGCAGAGGGCGGUCGAGCUGCCACCCAUCGCUUUCCCUGAGGUCAAUGCUACCGCGCCAGUCGUUGUUCAAGAAUUGAGAAGCUCUAAUUUUACGUCAGACACAGCUGCGCCAUCCCCCUCCUCAAAUCUGCCCCCAAAGCAACCUUCAUUUUUGAACUCCAUCCUGAAUGCGGCGUCGGCUCCAGCUUCGCAGUCUCCUCAUGUGCCGACCGGCACCGCACCUCGCACCCGGUACUCGGUCUCUUCAGCUACACGACCUAUACUGCCACCCGUUGGUCUAUCAACGGCUACUGCACCAACUCCAGCCAGGCCUCGCGAGUUCAAUUUCGCUAAUGACCCUCUGGCAGCUCUCGCGGCUGUCGCUUCUGCGCCCGAAGCUCUAGUUUCGCUCAUACCGCAGGACGGCGGAGCGUCAAACUCCAGCACCCAACAAAAACCCUCCAACACAGGGCCCUAA